AUGGUAGCUAAGAAGCAGGAGGCAGUGUGGGGGCGCAACGAGAUCCCCGAGGAGAAGGAGCCGCUGUGGAGGAUGUUUGCAAUGCAGUUUAUUGAGAUCGCUGGCCUCCUCGCCUUCCUGCUCAAGUCAUACGUCGACUUUUGGAUCAUUCUCGCGCUGCUGAUGACCAACGCUACGCUCGGUUUUAUUGAGGAGAUGAACGCGCAAGCCUCCAUUUCUGCUCUCAAGGAUGGCAUGAUUCGCAAGCUGCCGGUCAAACGCGACGGAAACUUUACGCCGCUCGACAUUGCUGAGUUGGUGCCUGGCGAUGUCGUCUUCUUGCGCGGCGGGAACGUGGUGCCGGCCGACUGCAAGUGGUUGGAAGGCGACGAGCUGGAGGUCGACCAGGCGGCGCUGACCGGCGAGUCGCUGCCGGUGCAGGUGCCGCGUGAGGACUCCGACGGCGAGCCCGGCUCGGGCAAGAAGCUGUGGUCAGGGUCGGUGCUGAAGACUGGCGAGGCGGAGUGCUUUGUGACGGAGACAGGUGUCCACACGAUGAUUGGCGAGGCCGCCAAGGCGAUCCAGGAGUCGGGCGGCAAGCAUGUUGGUGUCUUCGAGGGCAAGAUUAUCCUUGCCGGCCGCGUGCUCAUCGUGCUGACGCUGAUCGCCGUCGGCUCGCUGCUCGUGUACCAGGUUGGCAUCCGCGGUGUGCCGCUCGAGGAGGUGCUCGAGAUGUCGCUCUCGCUCGUCAUCGCGUCGGUGCCCAUCGCGCUGCCCAUGGUGAUGAAGGUCACCCUCGCUGUCGGCGCCAAGGAGAUGGCCAAGGAGGGUGGCAUCGUCACCCACCUGACCGCGCUUGAGGAGAUCGCCUCCAAUCGCCCAAGUGGCCAGCUGGGGCAAUCUGUGUUCGGGCCAGUCGUUCCGCCCGCCUCGCCCAAGAAGCUCGCCUGGCUGGCCGCUCAUCACUGGAGCCACGCCGACGACCUCAAGCGGUACCCGCCACAGUUCCGCCUCGACUCGGGCUGGCCGUGA